UUCUGUUUUUACAGCAGAACGGACCAUACACGUCUAUUUAUGACAAUAAUCACUUUUCAAUCUGUUUUUAACAUUUGUUUUACUAAGGAGAUGACAAUACAGACUUUCGCCAUUGAGUAUGAUGCAUUAAACGAUCGCAACACCUUUAGCAAUGGAGAUACUUUGACGGGCAGAGUUAUUGUGGAAAUCACAAAAGAAACAAAGAUCAAGGAUGUCACUGUCAAGGCGAAGGGCAAAGCUGAUGUGUCUUGGACUGUGUCACAGGGUGAAGAAAAUGUGACGUACUGGGAUAACGAAAAGUAUUUCUCACAAACCCAGUCAGUCUUACCAGAGGAUAAAGCACCUGGGUCUGUCAGUCUUGUGGCCGGAAGACAUGCGCUUCCUUUUGCCUUCCAGCUUCCCUACCAGGGUCUGCCCUCGUCUUUUAAAGGUGCUUAUGGUAAAAUUGACUACAGACUUUCAGCCAACCUGAGCAGGCCUAUGCGUUCUGCAAGCAAAGCUAAAGUACACUUCACCUAUGUUUCGAAAUCAGAUUAUGAUCAGCCGACACUGACGGCACCUCAGCAUGGCAGUAAAGACAAGAAUGUUGUAUUCUUUGCAUCUGGAAAUAUUUCUAUGGAAAUAUUCCUACCCAAGUCAGGCUACCAACAAGGCGAAGUCCUGGUGGUCAAUGGUGAGAUUGUCAACAGCUCAACUCGAAAAAUUGUGCCGAAGUAUAUUAUCUACCAGAAGCAGAGCUUCUUUGCUGGGAGUUCCCGAAACGUUCAUACCACAGAAAUCUUGAAGGAAAAAGGAGAACAGUUAGUUUCAUCCACCCGACAGAAACUGUCUAAGGUAUUACCAGUUCCACUGGGAAUCACUCCGACCAUCCAAAACUGCCGUAUCCUCAAAGUGGAAUACAGACUUAAGAUCAUUUUGGAUGUAUCGUUCACCAAAAACCCUGUGAUUAAACUCCCAUUGAUCAUUUUGCCCAUAGACGGGCCCGCAGUCAAAGCGCAGGAGGCAGGACUGUUCCCAGAUCUGGACAAACUGAAUUUAUAACUUCAAUUAUAUAAAAUUGUAUAACUUAUCAAUUAUAACUAAAUUUCAUACCUAAAUAAAUAUUUAUAAUGAGCACUAA